AUGUCAUCGGUAAUCGCCCAGAAGAUCCCCAACCCGCCGGGUAUUCCCAUCCUUGGCAAUAUUUUCAACGUAAAUCCAAAUGAAACAUGGAAUUCCCUAAUCAAACUUUCGCAGCAAUACGGCCCGAUCUUCAAAAUCAACGUCUUGGGUAAACAGCUCGUCUUCAUCAGUAACGUCGAACUACUAGAAGAAAUAUGCGAUCAGCGACGAUUCCGCAAACUCGUCACAGGCCCAAUCGUGGAAAUGCGCCAGCUUGCACAUAAUUGUCUAUUCACUGCAUAUGACAAUGAAGAAAUAUGGGGUGUGUCACACCGUAUCAUGGCGCCAUAUGUCACAAAGGCGGGAACAGAUCGAGUCUUCGAGGAUAUGGCAAAGGUCAUCCCCGAUCUCACGAACAAAUGGACAUCGGGAAUGAAAAAAAGAGUUUUGUUCACUAGUGACCUCAGUCGUCUACUUAUGUCGUCGGUCAUGCAAUGCUUCUACAACCAGCGAAUCGAAAUUCUCGAGGGACCAGAGCAUCCUCUCAUUCACGCCUGGGAGUCUAUCACACUGGAAGCUAUGAAACGUCCAACACGUCCCGCAAUCCUCAACAAACUUUUCUAUGAGAGCGGUUUCCAGAAGAACAUCAAGUUGAUGCGUGACUACGCAGAGGACAUCGUCAAAACACGAAAGGACAAUCCAUCGCAAUCGAGAGAUGACCUUCUCAAUGCCUUGCUGAACAACACAGACCCAAAAACCGGAGAGAAACUCAACCACUCACAAGUCAUCGAUGAAACUAUCACGAUGUUCAUAGGCGCCGCUACCGCUCCCAAUCUCGUUUCGUUUGCCCUCUACUAUCUGGUCAAGAAUCCCGAGAAGCUCGUAAAGGCUAGGGCCGAGAUCCAUACAGUAGUGGGACCUAAUGGAAAUAUCCAACUUGAGCAUUUCUCCGAGUUACAAUAUUGUGAGGCCAUCGUCCGUGAGUCUCUUCGCCUCUCUGCAACGGCACCAGGAUUCAAUAUCGAGCCCAUUUCCACGGAAAGCAAAGAACCUGUUCUGCUUGCUGGUGGAAAAUACGAGGUUCCACACAACCAAGGCAUGAUUUCGAUUCUGUAUACUGUGAACCGCGACCCGAAAGUCUUCGAGGACCCAGAAGCAUUCAUUCCCGAGCGUGUCCUCGGUGAAAAAUGGGACCAAUUGCCCAAGGGCGCGAGAAAGGGAUUUGGAAAUGGCAAGCGUGAAUGCUACGGUACAAUGUGGGCGUGGCGGUGGUCUAUUUUCGUUCUUGCAAGUAUUGUCAAGGACGUGGACUUUGAAUUCGAGGAUCCCGACUAUGCACUGGAUACCAAUGGAGCUUUCAGUGUGAAACCGCUGAAUUUAUAUGGACUGGUGACUCCUCGUAAUUCCUAUACGAUUCCAACUUGA